CAGUGCCGUUAGGCAUCUUACUAAAACAUCUUUUUGCAUUAUGUCAUUUUCCUUCUCAAACACCUGCGGUGGCCAUCCAUUGACUACUCACUGGAUUCUAAGUUCUUGACAAGGCGUGCAGUAUCUCACCUAGUAUCUCACCUAGUUUGGGACUCAUCCAGCUGUAUUCUCCAGAACUGUACUAGAAAACGUUUUCUCCCGCUGCUUUGUAUCCGGGCUGUUCAGUUUUCUCUACCACACUGCUUAUCUUCUUUGUGCAUCACUUGUGAUAUGUCUCUGCCUCAUGCCUGUCUCUUGAACUGUUUUGAGGACUUGGUCAGUUCUUACUGGUUAUCAUAGGCAGAAGUGAUCCCUUCUUCCUCUUCUCUCUUACAGCUCUUAUUUUGUACUGAUUGUUUAAUUUUUUCAACAGGCAGUGUUGACUGUGUGCCUACUAUGCUUGAUACAAGAUCCUUGCUCUCAUGGAGCAAACAUUCUAGUUGGAGUAGUUAUACAAUAAACAAUGAAGGGAAUUAAUAGAUAGAAAAUUGCAGAAAAUUAAAUAGGGUUUUGUUAAAAAUAAUAGCUUGCUGGUUUUUUUGGAUUAUUGGUCCGGAGAGACCUCUUUGAGGGUGUUAUGGGGAGGGACCGAUUUAAUCAGUAGGAACAGUUGGCACAGUGGAACUGAAGAAGGCCAGUGUAGCUGGAGUAUAGCAGGGAAUGGGGAAAGGUACAAGAUACAUUUGGACACUAGACAGAGUCCAGAAUCUUAAAAGUCUCUGGAAACCAGGGCAUUGUUACUUAAGAAUGGAAGAGGAUACAGAUUUUAGAAUCAGGUUUAGUUCUUUGUGUUUCGUUACUGAUCACGUUGGAUUUCAUGGCACUAUAAAAAGCUCGCCAAGUGACUUUGUUGUUAUUGAGAUUGAUGAACAGGGACAGUUAGUUAAUAAAGCCAGUGAUGAACCUAUUUGCAAGGUUAAUAAACUACUACCUGAGCCAGAUACUUUGGCUAAAAAACCAAAACUAGAGCUUCAAAAUCUGUCCUUUGAAGAGAAAAGCAGCCAAGAAGUCAGUACUUUGGCUGGGUGCUCCGAUGAUGACCAAAAUUAUGAGCCUGGUUCAGAAAAGGAAGAUACUAUCAAAGAUGGGACUUCCACAUGUGAAGAAGAAGACAUUGAUGUAUUAGGCUCCUUGUUAGGUGAAAAAACUGAUGAAUUACUGAAUCAAUUUGCCUGUGAUGUAAAAGAGAAGUGGAAUUCUAAAACUGAGUUAAUUGGAUCAUCUCCUGAAUUCUCAUUGGGCAGAAUCCUUGACAAAAACCAGAGGGCUGUUUUGCAUAGUGCUGUUAGGCAGAAAUUUCCUUUUUUAAUAACUGUAGGAAAAAACAGUGAAAUUGUUGUAAAACCAAAUCUUGAGUAUAAAGAACUCUGUCACCUAGUAUCUGAAGAAGAAGCAUUUGACUUUUUUAAAUAUUUGGAUGCGAAGAAAGAAAAUUCCAAAUUUACCUUUAAACCUGAUAGAAACAAAGACCAUAGAAAAGCUGUCCACCAUUUUGUCAACAAAAAGUUUGGAAAUCUUGUGGAAACUAAAUCUUUUCCUGGACCAAAUUACAGUGCUGAUAAUCCAAACGUAGUGAUAACCGUAAGAUUUCGUGAAAAAACACACAAACACAGGAAAAGGUCUCUUGACUGCCAGGAAAGGAAAGAUAUCUACACAGCCUUUACCCUACGAAAAGAAAAUCUGGAAAUGUUUGAAGCAGUUGGUUUUUUGGCUAUCAAACUCGGUGUGAUUCCUUCGGAUUUUAGUUACGCGGGACUUAAAGACAAGAAAGCCAUCACUUAUCAAGCAAUGGUUGUUAGAAAAGUGACACCAGAGAGGUUGAAAAAUAUUGAAAAAGAAAUUGAAAAGAAAAGAAUGAGUGUAUUUAAUAUUCGGUCUGUAGAUGAUUCCCUUAGACUUGGCCAGCUCAAAGGAAAUCACUUUGAUAUUGUCAUCAGAAAUUUAAGAAAUCAAAUAAAUGAUUCUGCAAACCUGAGAGAGAGAAUUUUGGAGGCAAUAGAAAAUGUUAAGAGUAAAGGGUUUGUGAAUUACUAUGGACCGCAGAGAUUUGGGAUGGGAAGGAAAGUUCACACAGACCAAAUUGGAUUGGCUUUGCUGAAGAGAGAAAUGGUGAAGGCUGUAAGAUUAUUUCUUACACCAGAAGAUUUGGAUGAUCCUGUAAAUAGAGCAAAGAAAUAUUUUCUUCAAACUGAGGAUGCCAAAGGCACACUUUCACUGAUGCCCGAUUUCAAAGUUCGGGAGAGAGCACUGCUGGAAUCCUUGCACCGCUUUGGCAUGACGGAGGAGGGCUGCGUCCGGGCAUGGUUCUCUUUCCCCCAUUCUAUGCGCAUAUUCUACGUUCAUGCAUACAGCAGCAACAUUUGGAAUGAGUCAGUGUCUUACAGACUUGCAACCUAUGGGUCACGAGUAGUGGAGGGUGACUUGGUCUGUUUGGAUGAAGAUGUUGACGAUGAGCGUUUACCGAACAGUAGAGUUCAUCUAGUAACUGAAGAAGAGGAAUCAGCUAAUACGUAUACAAUACAUCAGGUGGUUCUUCCAGUGCUUGGAUACAAUAUUCAGUACCCAAAGAACAAAGUAGGGCAGUGGUACCAGGAGGUACUGAGCAGAGAUGGACUACAGACAUGUAGAUUUAAAAUACCUUCUCUGAAACUGAAUGUUCCAGGAUGCUAUAGAAAGCUUCUGAAACAUCCCUGCAACCUCUCAUACCAACUAAGAGAAGAACGUAACGCUGAUGUCAAAAUAGAAGGUUCCCACAUCGAUGAAGCGACUUUAUCUCUUUUGAUCUCUUUUGAUCUUGAUGCUUCGUGUUAUGCUACAGUCUGUCUGAGAGAAAUAAUGAAGCAUGAUGUUUAAAACUGAUAGCCUUGGUAUGAUCGUGUAUGUGCCACUUUUUGAAGGAAAAGGAACUAAAAUUUCUUGAGCAUCUACCAUGUGCUAGGAACUUUAUAAUUGUUAUCUCCUUUAAUUACACAACAUCCUGAUGAAGUAGGAAUUUGAUGCUAACAUUCCAGAGGACAUGUAGCUGGUAAGUGGAAGGAUCUGAAUUUAAGACUCCAAAGCCUGUGUUCCUUUUAUUAUCUGAUGUCUUAGUGAUCUUUGUUCUGUGCUAUAAAAGUUAUAGUAUUUCUGGACUAUUAGGAGCAUAUAAUGCUGCAAGAGAACAUUAAAGAAGAUAACAUUAAAGAAAAACAUUUUUGGAAUAAUAUUUAUAUCGUCUACCUCCUUGCUUAGAAUGUAAUGAAACUAGGUUUUAAUGAAAGCAUAUGGCUGGAGAGAAAGCUAGAUGAAGCAUUUCGUUAAGUAUUGUCAUUCUUUUUGAUUUUUGAGAUUAUUGAUCAGAGCAAUACAUCAGAGAAAUAUAAUCUCUCUCUUUAUGACAGGAAUGCCCAGGGUCGUUGACCCUUUUAUGAGAUAAAUAAUCUUGAAUGAAGAUUAAAGUCAAAUUUUUAAAAUAAGUUUUUUUCUCUUGACGUACAUUGACCCUCUACUUUUUUGUUAUUUUUGUUCUGUUUUCCAAAGUAGAUCUUUAGAGUCAGACAGAUCUGGGCUCAGACUCCAGCUCUGACACUUAACUAGUGACUUUGGGUGUUACUGAUUCUUUUUGAGGCUCAUUUAAGGAAUCAAGACAGCACUGACAUCAUAAGCAAAAAAUAAUAGAAUUAUCUCCAUCUUUUUAUUUUGCUAGAGGAAGAAAACAUUUUACCCAUUUCAAAAUUUAAGUAUUUGUUGGUUUAACUAUCCCACAUCAUAAAUCAUCCUUAACUGCUUUGUAUCAGUUAAGUUUGGGGGGAAGUGGGAUAUACUGAUUGGGAAGAUCUGAGCAUUCUUUUAUUGCUGGUACCAUUAUAUAAUGAUGAAAUUUAAAAAACAGUAGAGAGCAUUAUAUAUCUGUAAUGUGGCACUUUUAUAUACUUGUCGGUCAAACCAUUUGGGGUAUAUUAGCUUAAGGAAGUUAAAUUCAAAAGAAGGAAAAAAGCCAAAUGCAAUGCAAAAUUUGCUUAUUGCAACAUUUUUCUACAUAAUGAAAGAAAUUAGAAACAGUCUGAAAGUCCAGCAUUAGGAACUAAAGUAAGUAAAACGAGAUGUAACAACUUGAUGUCAGGACAUGUAGUUAUUAAAAAUGAUGAUGAAAGGUUUUAGGUAUGUGAGAAAAUGUUCCCCUCAAAAGCAGAAUGUAUUAUAUUAUAAAUUCAGUAUAUGCACUGAAUGCAGCUUUUACAGAGAAGCACUUUAAUUUAACAUAGUGAUGAGAAGCAUAGAUACUAGGGACAAACUCCCCUAGUUUGAACCUUGGCUCUGCCACUUACUGCUACAUGGCCCUCGGCAAGUUGUUUAAGUUUUGUGUGCUUUGGUUUCAACAUCUGUAAAACAGGGAUGAUAAUAAACCUAUCUCU